AUGGCAAUGCCCCAGAAUUCCACCAGAGAAAAUGGCUUUUGUUUCACUCAGACUCUUGACUUCUCCCACCCGUCUCCUCAUCCUGGCGAUGCCGGCCGGACUUUCAGUGCUGUGAGCGGGCUGGAUGCCUGUGACACCCCAGUGAGCAAUGGCAUCACCUCCCCCGCUGUGCCCAGCCCCUCUGACUCGUGUGCUGAACCCCUCUGCUCCACCACCCCGGGAGAGGAGGAGACCCGGUUCGAGGAAGGGAUUAAAUACGUGUCGGCUGAAGGGGAGGAACUGGCCUGUGGCUGGGGGGGUUUCACCCCCGGGUGCUUACAGCUCUGCAACACGUCCAAGGGCGUCUUGUUCUUCCUCUGCGUGGCCUCCUUCCUGCAAGGCAUGACCGUGAACGGCUUCAUCAACACCGUCAUCACCUCCAUCGAGCGCCGCUUUGACCUCCGCAGCUACCAGAGCGGGCUGAUCGCCAGCUCCUACGACAUCGCGGCCUGUGUCUGCCUGACCUUCGUCAGCUACUUUGGGGGGAACGGCCACAAACCACGCUGGCUGGGCUGGGGGGUGCUGGUCAUGGGCUUGGGCUCCCUGCUCUUCGCCUUGCCCCACUUCACCACGGCGCAGUACGAGGCACACUCGGCGGCCGAGGUGGGUGUCUGCGGGGGCAACCAGAGCCUGCCGUGCUCCCAGGCUGCCUCCAGCCUCUCCGGCUACAGGUUUGUCUUCAUGCUGGGGCAGUUCCUGCACGGGAUGGGAGCCACGCCGCUCUACACGCUCGGCGUCACCUAUUUAGAUGAAAACGUCAAGACUAACUACUCCCCUGUGUACAUUGCUGUUUUCUACACUGCUGCAAUCCUUGGGCCUGCAGCGGGUUAUCUGGUAGGAGGAAUGUUUCUAAAUAUUUAUACUGAAAUUGGCAGAGAGAUCGGCAUCUCCCCGGAGAACACGCUGUGGGUGGGGGCGUGGUGGAUCGGCUUCCUCGGGGCCGGAGCAGCCUCCCUCCUCAUCUCCAUCCCCAUCCUGGGGUACCCCCAGCGCCUCCCAGGAUCUCAGCGAUAUAUUGUUAUGAGGGUGUCAGAGGCUCAUCAGAUAAAGGAUGGGAGCCACAAAAAAGCGUCGGAUCCAGACUUCGGGAAAACAGUUAAAGAUCUACCUCGAGCAGUGCUGCUACUUCUGAAGAACCCCACCUUCAUCUUCCUCUGCUUGGCAGGAGCAACCGAAGCCACCCUCAUUGCUGGGAUGUCCACCUUUGGACCCAAAUUCCUGGAGUCUCAGUUUAGUUUAAGUGCCUCUGAAGCUGCUACAUUUUUUGGUUAUCUGGUCGUACCAGCCGGAGGGGGAGGCACAUUCCUGGGAGGAUUCCUUGUGAAUAAAUUCAAACUCCGCUGUUCAGGAAUCAUCAAGUUGUGUUUACUUUGCACAGUGACAAGUCUGCUGGCGAUAUUGAUUUUUUUUAUCCACUGCCCUAACAUGCCAAUGGCAGGAGUAACCCAGAUGUACGAUGGAAGUGCUUUGCCUGGUGGGCACCUCAACCUGACAGCAGCCUGCAACGCCAAGUGUGGCUGUUUGCAGGACACCUACAGCCCUGUCUGCGGGAGUGAUGACAUUAUGUAUUACUCUGCCUGCCACGCUGGGUGCAAAAAAGUGUCUGAAAAACUCAGGAAUGGCAAGAAGGUCUAUCGUGAGUGUAGCUGUGUCAACAGAACCCUCCUGCCCGGCCCUGGCGAUGCAGAGGCAGGGAAAUGCACCUCGUCCUGUGCUAAAAAGCCCUUGCUCCUGUGCUUCAUGUUCGUGGUCAUCCUCUUCACCUUCCUGAGCAGCAUUCCUGCCCUGACUGCCACUCUGCGGUGUGUUUCCGACAGGCAAAGGUCCUUUGCACUUGGGAUCCAGUGGAUUGUGGUGCGGACACUAGGAGGCAUCCCUGGCCCCAUUGCCUUUGGAUCCAUGAUUGAUAAAUCCUGCCUGCUCUGGCAGGACCAGUGUGGUGAGCAGGGCUCUUGCUACGUUUACCAGAACUCAGCCAUGAGCAGAUACACCCUCAUCGCUGGACUGGUCUACAAGGUGCUUGGAACAACCUUCUUUAUAGUCGCCUGUUUACUCUACAAACCCCCGCCACCGGAGUCGGCUCCAGGCAGCUCGGAUGCUUCCGAAAAUGGCAACGGUGACCUCCAGGAGCACAAGCCUUCACUGCCAGCUGAAGAGGAUAUAUAGUGCUGUACUCGUGCAAGUGACUUUCUCAGCCUCAAAAAUACAAUGAGAAGAUGUUAUGCGGUCCCCAGGGGUUUUUAAAUUAACAGUAAUAUUAUAACUUUUUUUUUUUUUUAGCCGAAGAUAAAUAAUUUAAUUAACCACUGGUGUGCUUUGCUGUUUCCUCGAUGGCAGAAGCACACUGAAAAUCGUGCGCUGGUGCCAUAUGCAGUUAUUUAAUUUUAUUUAAAGAAAGGGCUACCAUAGCUUAAUUCUGUGUCUGUGACAAGCGAGGACCGUGUUCUCCACUCGUGGAAAUAAGCACCAGUAACUCCAAUGGAGCAUGUGGGGUUUAAACCACCAGAGGAUCUGGGCCCUAAUAUCUCAAUUGUAAAGCCAACUGUAGCAAAACUUCUGUUGGGACUUCCCAAGCCUGGAAAGAGCACUGCUGUCCUGCAGUCUGCAUUGCAGCCAGGACAACUGGCCCUUAAACUGCUGUAUGCAAAGCAGACGGCCCUGGCAGUGUCCUCCUCCUUCCUGUGACACAGCAGUCUCUGUUUGUCCAGGAGCAGGUUCUCUUAUUAUGCAAGUUCCUAUUACCAUGUGAUGGGAGAUAGGUUUGAGAGGAGAUUUGAUUAGCAAAUCCAUCAGGACACUACGGGCAGCCUUCCCCAGAGCUGCCGAGCACUGUACACUCACUGCCUCACUCAUUGCAGGGUUUACACCGUGGUGACACUUCAUUUUCUUUCUUGUGUUGUUUCAAAGUGAUGCCUUUUGUAAUGUACUGUGCAAAACUUGAACUUCUUGUUGUUUGCUGGGCGUGGGAAGACAUGAGAUACAGAUCUAUGCAAUGCUUCUCUUUGGUUGUUCUGAAAAGACAUUGGGGUUGGGUAAAUGGAAAAGUUAGAGUGAAUUUAGUUUGCCUCUAGACCACUACCUUAAGGGAUAGGACUGCCUCGUGGGAAGGGGAUGCUGACUUGUAACUGGCCUACUUGCAAGUAGAGAGGGCAGCGUUCCCAAAGUGACCUUUGAAUGUGCACUUGCAGUAGUGACCAGGAGCUUUCUGUGGGGCAGAAGUAGAAUUUGGGCAUCUUUAUGUCUGGCUUCCCAAGGUUAGUGCUUGGUCUGCCUGUAUUUGCACAGCCACAUGAUCUGGUUACAUCUCCAGGGGAGGCUGUGGCCAGGUUCACAGGAGACCAGACCUACAUUACCGAGCUGCAAAACUGGUGCUUUUUUUUUUUUUUUUUUUUUUGUGCCAGCUCCUACUUAGAAUUAGUUUGUAAAUGUUUUUGUAUAUUUUGUGUAUUUAUGCUUUCAUAAACAGACACAGGAUGGGCAUUUUCUUCCUUUGUUAGCAAAGGACUGGCUCUCAGAGCAGCGGUGAAGCUGUUCCCGUUGCAGGCAGGGAUGGCAGCUCUGGGAGUGUGGUCCAUCUUCAGGUCGAUGGUGGUCAAGAAAAUAGCUUCUUCCAUUCCAAGAUUCCCUUCCACCCAAGCCAGGUAGUGACAUUCCCACUUCCAAACCAUCCCCUGAGCAUCCCUGCCCCAUCCUUGUAAGUGCUCAAGGCCGGGUUAAACAGCGCUUGGAACAACCUGGUCUAGUGGAAGGUGUCCCUGCCCACAGCAGGGGAUUGGAACAAGAUCUUUAAGGUCCCUUCCAACCCAAACCAUUCUGUGAUUCCAUGAUGUUAUCAUCUCCAGUAACUGCUGGAAAAACUGAAAGUGCUAAGGGUGAGAUGGAAGGUGGCUUUUGGCACCUGGUGCAGCUUUGAUGGGGCACAGUGUGCAGGGGAGCCCUGUUUUACCAGGGAGGCAGGAUUAGACCCACUGAUGCAGGAAUUAACCCCAACACCACCCAAACACCACAGGCUUCUUCACAACCUCCACGUGGGUUUGGAGCCACCUGCAAACACGAGCCUCUCUCCAGGCCUUGCCCUUUCCACCUUAGACACUUUGGGUACAAGCAGGGACCUUAGAUGGGGGAAAUGCAUGAAUGUAUUUUGGGAACAUAUUUUGUGGAUGAUGUAUUUAUGAAAGGUAGAAGGUUUUCUUAAUAUAUAUGUACGGAUAUUGCAAUGCAAUUUUAGUGUUUAUAAAAUGAGCUUUAUCUGAGUGUGUUGUUUCCAGAGCAAAACAAAAGCUUGUGGGAUUCUGGGCAUUUAUUAUGUUGCUGUGGGACUAGUAAGUCAUGAAUUUUAGUAAGCAGCAACAAGGCAGCAACCAUAAACAGGUUGUUUAGGUGUACAGGUAACUUAAAAAAUUUGGCAGUAUGUUUCCCAGUUCAUUUAAAGUAUUAUGUUGCUAUAAAAGCAUAGAAAUACAAUCAGUAUUUCACAGGUA